AUGGAACGAGACAUCUUGCCCAUGACGGAUCCUCAGCUUAAUCAGCACAUGGAGUCUCUAGUGCACCAUGUUCUCCUCCCAAUGAGGGCCCGUAAAACUCCAGCCUCCAUACCUCUAUCUCCACGGACAAGGGUGCAACGUGAAGUGGAGAAUCAAUACAGCAAAAUGAUAUUCACGGCUAAGAGGCUGCAACGCCUCAAGGAAGAUUGUCUUUUACGCGACGAUAAUCGGUGCGCUAUCUCUCUUGUCUCAGACGAAAAGAAGAUGCCCACCGGCUUUCAAGGAGAUACAUGUGACACUCAAUGUGCCCAUAUUUUACCAUUUUUGCUCUCAACAUUCAAUAACGAUCCAAAGGCUCGAGAAAGGCCUGAAGUCUGGACAGCAAUCAUAUGGUGCUUUCCAAUUCUCGAUGAUCUCGCAGUACUCUUCACGCACAAUGAUAUAAACGACCAUCGGAAUCUGAUCAGUAUGGACAAAGAGGUACAUGAUCGAUUCGGCCAGUUUAAAUUCUCUCUAGUAGCCACUGGCCUUCAGGACCAAUACACCUUACAUCUCUGGCAACCACGAUAUCUCAGACAUGUACGAGGAAUUAAUAUUGUGCAGUUCAGUGCACACGGCACCCGAUUCGACUUGCCAUCCAGGGAAUUAAUCGAAAUCCAUCACAUUAUGGCUCAAAUCCUUCACGCAUCCGGCAGAGCUCAAUGGAUUGAACGUGUUCUGAAGGAUAUUGAGGACACAUGUGUCCUGGCGCACGAUGGAUCAACGAACGUCACCGAUAUGCUGUGGGGGACCGAAUUGGCACUCAUGAGUGAGUUGAUUCAAUGCUGA